AUGGACAUCUGUCCUUAUGGUAUCUCCGAAUAUACUGGGGAAUCGGUCAAGUUUGUUCCCAAGUAUCUAACACGUGAUCACCCUGAAUAUGACGCCAGAACACCAAAAGAAGCGAGGGACAAAAUGAACUUGUACUGCGCUCAUCCAGCAUGUUACUCCCAUCCUUGUCUUAACGGAGCGACUUGCGUUGAAGAGCUUGAUGGGUAUAGCUGCUCCUGCCUCGGAGGAUACAUCGGAAUACAUUGCGAGCAGCUUGCAUGUUACUCCCAUCCUUGUCUUAACGGAGCGACUUGCGUUGAAGAGCUUGAUGGGUAUAGCUGCUCCUGCCUCGGAGGAUACAUCGGAAUACAUUGCGAGCAGCUUGUCUGCCCAGUCGGUUGGGUGUAUGGGCACACAAAGUGUUUCCUGAUCGUGAACUCACUCCCGGACGCUGAUUGGACGACUGCUCGUGACUACUGUAAUGGUCUGGAUGCAGUUACCAUGGGCAACGGGGAAAUGGUUGAGCCUUCCCUGCUCUUCAUAGAGAAUGUGGAAGAAUACGAUUUGCUGAAGCCUCACCUGAAUGAACCCAGGAGCUGGUUAAACUGCAAGUAUGUCAAUACAUGGAAGUGUUACACAGACAGAGCAGGGACCAAAAGUGACUACCGAAAAUGA